AGCAGUAGCAGCAGCAGCAGCAGCAGCACAGCCAGAAACAGAAGUGACCGCUAGCUUCAUGUCAGCCACACAGACAGUACUCUACUAGCAAGAGCGGAAAUCUUUCAGAGGGAAGAAGGAGAGGGAGAGACAGAGGGAGAGUGAGGGGGGCUGCUGCAAGGGAUACUGGACUUUACUUCCUCGCAUUUGAACUCGACUAAAUAUUGCUGCCGAUUUGUGUUUACCUUUCUUAAAAGAGCUCGGGGAUAUCCGCUGUAGAGAGGUUAGCUAUAGCCGCCGCCAUCUCUUCGCAGUCGGAGCGACCGCCGUGUCUUCCACACCAUGGGGAACGCUGCCACCGCCAAGAAGGGCAACGAGCUAGAGAGCGAGACUUUUGUGAAAGAGUUUCUAGCCAAGGCCAAAGAAGAUUUCUUACGGAAAUGGGAAUGCCCACAACAGAGCACAACGUGCCUAGAUGACUUUGACAGAUUAAAGACCCUGGGUACCGGCUCGUUUGGGAGAGUCAUGCUGGUGAAACACAAAGGAACAGAGCAAUACUAUGCCAUGAAAAUACUGGACAAGCAGAAGGUGGUGAAACUCAAGCAAAUAGAACACACAUUAAAUGAGAAGAGGAUAUUACAGGCUGUGAGCUUCCCCUUUCUCGUCAAAGUUGAGUACGCGUUUAAGGACAACUCCAAUUUGUACAUGGUGAUGGAGUACGUGCCAGGAGGAGAGAUGUUCUCACACUUAAGACGAAUUGGAAGGUUCAGUGAACCACAUGCACGAUUUUAUGCUGCCCAAAUAGUGCUUACAUUUGAGUACCUUCAUUCACUAGAUCUCAUAUACAGAGAUCUGAAACCUGAGAACCUUCUCAUUGACCACAGCGGCUACAUUCAGGUGACAGACUUUGGAUUUGCCAAGAGGGUAAAAGGCAGGACCUGGACGUUGUGUGGGACACCGGAGUACCUGGCGCCAGAAAUCAUCCUUAGCAAAGGCUAUAACAAAGCUGUGGACUGGUGGGCCCUCGGUGUUCUCAUCUAUGAAAUGGCAGCUGGCUACCCUCCAUUCUUUGCAGAUCAACCUAUUCAGAUCUAUGAGAAAAUAGUGUCUGGAAAGGUCCGAUUCCCCUCCCACUUCAGCUCCGACUUGAAGGAUCUGUUGAGAAACCUGCUGCAGGUGGAUCUGACCAAACGUUACGGGAACCUGAAGAACGGAGUCAAUGACAUUAAGGGCCACAAAUGGUUCGCCACAACAGACUGGAUUGCAAUCUAUGAGAGAAAGGUGGAAGCCCCGUUCAUACCAAAGUGCAGAGGCCCAGGGGACACCAGCAACUUUGACGACUACGAGGAGGAGGAAAUCCGCGUUUCUUUAACGGAAAAAUGCGCAAAAGAGUUUGCAGAGUUUUAGGACGUGGUAACAUGGAUAUAUCAGGGAAAAUAAGGGGAUCUUUGCACUCUUCUAAAGACUUGGGAUGGAGCAGAGACCAUCGUUUUUCAAAUCUACUACAUA